AAACAGUACCUCUUGAUGGGUCGGCUGAAAUAUGCGUGUGCUCAGCAGACGUAUUCCGAGUUUCCAGAUUUCUGGAUUUCCACGUUUCCUGAAAUUUUGGUUUACUACUGCCCGUAGGGGCCUGGGUAAUCUCUUUUGGUCACGCUCGCUCCACUCGCAGCUCUCACAAGUCGCCCAGGUGCACGGAGAAAUUGAGGGACUUUGCAGUCAGACUUAUUGAAGACGAUGAAGGCGAUUCGUGUGUUAUCCUUUGGUGGGCCAGAAGUGCUAAAGCUUGUUUCAGAUGUGCCAGUUCCUAGUGUUUCCAGUGGACAGGUAUUGGUUAAAAUCAAGGCAGCUGGCGUUAAUCCUGUUGAUACCUAUAUCAGAAGUGGAACUUAUGCCAGGAAGCCAACCCUUCCCUACACACCAGGUUCUGAUGGUGCUGGAGUGGUGCACACUGUGGGAGAGGAUGUUAAGCAAGUCAAAGAAGGAGACCGUGUCUAUGUAUGCGGCAGCUUAACAGGGACAUAUGCAGAGUUUGCUUUGUGUAAUGCCAGCAGUGUUCACCUCAUGCCAGACAGUGUUUCCUUCAGCCAAGGAGCAGCCAUUUAUGUACCUUACUACACAGCAUACAGAGCAUUAUUCCAAAGGCUACAUGCCAAGGCUGGAGAGACGGUGCUAAUACAUGGAGCUAGUGGCGGAGUUGGCUUAGCUGCAGUGCAACUAGCCAAAGCUUAUGGAAUGAAGGUUCUGGGAACGGCAGGAACUGCUGAAGGUGAAGAGGUAGUGAAACAAGCUGGGGCUUCACAAGUGUUUAAUCACAGACAAGAUGGAUACGUUCAGAAUAUUCUGGAUGCAACUGACGCUCGUGGUGCAGAUGUCAUCGUAGAAAUGUUAGCAAAUGCCAGUUUAUCGAAAGAUCUCAAGCUUGUGGCAAACAAGGGGCGCAUAGGGGUUGUCGGUAAUAGAGGAACGAUUGAAAUAAAUCCAAGAGAAACCAUGGCCAAGGAGUCUAGCAUCAUUGGUGUUAUGUUAGGCCAAGCUAGUGAGGGUGAGCGCCACGAAAUGACGUAUGCAAUAUCAGCCGGGCUGCAGGCAGGUUUUCUGAGUCCAGUUGUUGGACAUGAAUAUCAGCUGAGCCAAGCUUCAGAUGCACACAGAGAUAUUAUAGAAGGCAAAGGUGCAAAAGGAAAGUUGGUGUUGCUGCCACAGUAGAAUAAUUGUAUGUGUGUUUCUAAUGUAUGAAUACCCUAUGUUUUUAAUGUGGUGCAUUAAAAUGAAAUGACACAAUAAACAACUGAGGAAAAGGCCGUGUUACAUUUUGUGAUUAACAUGUAAUCUGGGCGAUAUAUAAGAACUCUGAUAAUUAGGAUGUGUUGUCGUAAUCAACUUUGUAUGGUUUAUAGAUCUUUGGAUGCAUGGAUAUUCUAAAGUAAUGCAUAUGCUGCUAUAGAAACGUCCAUAGUUAGUUUUGGAAACAAAUCAAACUUAACAUGGUUUUAUUUAACACUUGAAAGUAGUGUGGUUUUGUUCCUAAUUGUAUUUUUUUUCCUUUCUAACGUUUUGGAAACGUACUAAAACUACGUAACAACUUAUGCAAUGAUAAUGUUUCUUGUAAUGGGUACAUCAAAACGUAUUUAUUUGAAUAAAGUUUUAAACACGGUCACCCUAAACUAAUUUUUCCGUCAAAUUAUUUGGUUAAGUGAUUUUUUUUAUCCUCACGAAUAGAUUGUGAAGGUUUUCUCUAAAUGUUUCAUUUACAUGAAUAAUUUUCUCGUCAUCAAAUACACCAUGAUACGCAGUGCAGUUAAGAUUUAUGUGAGAUGUUGCAUCCCGUCCUUUUUGAAUCACACACAAAAUGAACUGUAGUAAUGGUAACUUUAUUAGACACUGAAUUUUAAAUCAGUUUUAGGUAACCAAUUAUGUUACAACUAAGGUGAAAGAUGUAAAAGUUAUAUAAAUAAAUAAAUUACGCAAAGGAGA